AUGAUGGGACUCAAUAUCCUGCGUUUGGUCCUGACUUGCUUUGCUGUCUACCGACUUGCCUUUGGGUACUCCUUUGAUCUGAACGUGACAUCUCAGACAGGAUUUAAUGGUGCAGUGGCAUCUGAAAGCGAGCCAUGCAGCCAUGCAGGAACUGCAAUGCUAAAGAAGGGUGGAAAUGCUGCUGAUUCAAUCGUUGCUACGGCUCUUUGCGUUGGAGUCGUCGGGUUGUAUAAUAGUGGUAUCCAUGGUGGUGGAUUUGCCCUCAUUCGGUUGCCCAACAACACCUACGACAUGAUCGACUUUCGUGAGCAGGCACCCGGUUCUGCGAGUGAAAACAUGUUUGUAGGCAACAAGUGGGGCUCGAUGAUUGGAGGCAACGCUUCAGCAGUUCCUGGACAAUUACGUGGUCUUGAUCGUAUCUUGAGAAAGUACGGCACGAUGGAUUGGCCAACAGUCACAGCACCAGCGAUCGAAGUGGCUGAACAAGGAUUUAUAUUCGGCCAUGAUAUGCAGUUUUUGAUAAACUGGACUCGGCAAAAUAUGCAACCUGCGGAUAUUGAGCCGAAUUUCUGGUUUGAGGAUCCAGCCUGGACGCCAGACUUUGCCCCUGGCGGAGUGCCCGUCAAACGGGGUGAAUUGAUAAAACGGAAAAGAUACGCUAAGACGCUGCGAACCAUUGCGCAAACCAAUACGACCGACUUUUACAACGGUUCCAUUGCUCGAAGCAUGGUACAGACCAUUAAAAAGGCUGGAGGUAAUCUGACAAUGCAGGAUCUCAAAGACUACUCAAUCGUCGAACGAACCCCAAGACACGUCCAAUACCGGGGAUAUAACGUGACAAGCACUGUUGCUCCCAGCAGUGGAUCGGUCGUGCUCAAUAUUCUCUCGGUUCUGAACAACUACAAGGAUUUCUUCACACCGGCCAAUAUGACCGAUCUUAGCACUCAUCGAAUGGUUGAGGCUAUGAAAUUUGGAUAUGCUUACCGAAACUCUUUUGGAGAUCCAGGAUUCGUUCCAAAUAUCACUGACCUUGAGGACGUCAUGUUGUCCCAUGACAGAACUCAGAGCAUUUUCCAUGGCAUCGAUGAUCGGUACACUCACCUCAACGUGAGUGUGUACAACCCUGAUCACAAGUGGACUCCAGAAUCAGUGGGUACAUCCCAUAUGGUCUCAGCCGACAAAUCAGGUCUAACCAUCUCCCUCACGACAACGGUGAAUCUUCCCUUCGGCAGCCAAAUCAUGGACCCCAUAACCGGUAUUGUCAUGAAUUCACAGAUGGAUGAUUUCUCCACCCCAAACACCACCAACGACAAGGGCUACAUAGCAAACCCAAACAACUUCAUUAAACCAGGAAAACGUCCUCUGUCAUCUAUUGCGCCGAUCAUUAUAACUCGCCCUGAUGGUCAAGUGGCUUAUGUCACUGGAGCCGCUGGCGGAAGUCACAUUCCUUCUACCGUGCUUCAGUCGGUGAUGUACGCACUAGACCAGCAUCGUUCUCCCAGUGGCGCCCUGGCUGCUCCACGUCUGCAUCACCAACUCGACCCGAACGUCCUAGAAGCCCCUACGUCAUAUAACAACGAAACAGUAAAAUUCCUUCAAGAUAAGGAGCAUGUGGUCGAGAGAAAAGAUAUUGAGAGUUGGGCACAAGCGAUUGGUCGAUCUGAGAAAGGCGAAUUUACGGCUGCGUCGGAGCCAUUUCAACAUGAGUCUAAUGCUUUCGCGAUCUAA